AUGAAGAUAGCUGCUCUCGUAAUUGUAUUUCUGUUGAAAUGCCAUCAGGCACGUGCCAAUGGUCCGUUUGACUUAUGCUUCUAUCAUCUUAGUUCAGGCGAAGAGUUUAUUCAGUGUGGUGAACUUAAAGCGUACAGAAAUGAAAAACCCAACAAUAACCUUCAGGAAAUUGAAAAAAUUCAUAUUGGAUGGAACACCACCAUGCCAGAAUUACGUUUUGGCCUAUUUUCUUCUUUCACAAGGUUAAAAGUGCUACAUUUAAGUAACUCGCACAUCCAGCGUCUCGAUAAAAGGGCUUUUUACAAUAUGGAGCAAUUGACGGAAUUGAGCCUCUUUAAUAACGAAAUAAUCGAAGUGGAUUCUAGCGUAUUCAAGUACUUGACAUCUCUAAGAGUUCUGGAUUUGGGCACCAACAAAAUAACUGGUUUACUAGACUUUAUUUUUCAUAACCUACUGGAUCUCGAAGAGUUAGUGUUGAGUUGGAAUAUGAUAUCUACAGUUACGAUGGAUUUGUUUUACGGUUUAAACAAUUUACGAAAACUAAACCUUGCGGGAAAUUCACUAAAAUCAUUGCCCGAAAAUGCGUUUGCUUGUUUAACUAACUUAAUAGGCUUAGAUUUGAGUUACAACGACUUGGCAGAAUUACCUGUAGGCCUGUUCAACAAUCAAUCUGAAAUGCAAAUGCUGAAUCUAGAGUCAAAUCAAUUGCAGUGCUUGCGUCAGGGGUUGUUUCGUAAUACAGUGGAAUUAUUAUACCUCGAUAUAUCGAAUAACUUUAUUACACGCGUAAAUGGAAGCUUGCUUAAUAACACUGUAGUGGAAAUGUUGAAGUUCGAAAGGAAUUUAGUGACCGAAAUCGACGUUGCUGAACUUUUAAAGCAAGCGCAGUUUCUUGAAGAGCUUUAUUUUGAUCACAAUCCGUGGAAGUGUCACGCUUUAAGAAAUGCUAUUCAGUAUUUAAACGAAAGUGAGAUUUAUUUUGAGCCAGGAGUGUAUUUCGCACAUCAAAAUAUCAAUGGAAUAUUAUGUGAUAAAAUUUGA